AUGGCCGGGGACGACGGCGUAGAGCGGGAUCCUUCAAAGGUCGACUUUGUAAAGAAUGGAGACAUAAAACUGUUUCCGGAUGACCCUACCAGUGAGAAGAAGCUGAUGAGGUUCCGCAAUAAGGGCCAUUCUGAGUUCUACGAUCCCUGUUCCGAGGCAGCAAAGAUGAGCAUGAAAUGCCUGGAACGUAACAAUUACGACCGCAAAAAAUGUAAAGAUUACUUCCAGGCUUACCGCGAUUGUACGGCGGAAUGGCGUAAAAAGGUUUAG